GCGGCCGAGCUCCCACCGGAGGCGAAGGUCCGAGCCGCGUCCUCCCUUUAUUUCUCCUUCUGUUGCCUGGUUUUGAUGCCCGCCGCCCUCGCCGCGUCGUAACCAGCUGCUGUGAAGAGUAUUAAGAUGGAGUGGAAUAGUCGGCAGCAGAUCCUGCAAAAAUGGCAGCCCUUUGGCUUGCAACAACAGAUGCAGCAGAUACAACAGCAGCAGAUUCAACAGCAACAUCAGUUACAAACUCAGCACCCACAGCACCAUCCACAACAACCACAGCAGCAACAGCAACCUCAUCAACAACCACCACCACCUCCCCAUGUACAGCCUGCUCAGGUUCAGCAACAGCAGCAGCAACCACAACCAAUGCCACAGCAGUUACAGCAACCUCAGCUACAACAACCACAACAAACUCACAAAAUACCAAGAACUGGAGGUUCUGCAACUCCCCACUGUCUGGUGUGCAAUGUUCAUCUAGGAAUGUUUGCAAAAGGAGGAAUGGAAGUCUUUUCUGAUAAGGUUACAACCUCUUUUGGGAAGAUGCAGAUCCACAAUGUUUUAGGCUCUAUUGUGAACCAGGAACUCAAUGCUGCUUCCAUCCAUUCAAGCAUUGUUUGUAAGAAGUGUUUUAAACUCUUGGAUGACAUUGAUGCCCUGGAGGGACAGUUGGUGAACAUGAAACAGGUGGUAUCAAGUAAGUACACAAUGACUUUGGCCUUAGUGAAGAAAGGACUGGUAGGGAAAGCAGUAUUAGAAGAACCAUCCAGACAACCUCCUCCUCCUCCAAAAGAGAAAAAGAUUGUGAAAAACACUUCACCAGCCAAAGGACCAAAACCCAAGGGACCUGGUAGAAGAGGGCGGCCACCCAAAGUAGGUAGACCUCGGAAAGCUGGCAACUUAUCGGUGAAAUCAGGGAAGCUGGUUGUGAAGGGGGUGGAUGAGAGUUUGGCACCAGAGGUUGAGCUCAAGGAAGAGCACGGAGACUUUGACGAGGAGGAAAAGACAGACCAGGACCACGAGGAGGCAGAGGAAACAGAUGAUGAAAAUACCCCUCUAAGCUGUACUAUGUGUGACAAAGAAUUUUCGUCCAGGACUAUACUUGCCAGACACAUUGAAACACAUGGCUUAACCAGUGACUCCCUUAAGUGUGACAUUUGUGAGAAAAGUUUCCUGACAGCUGACAGUUUGGUGAAGCACAAAAAGUUACACAAAGGCAAGAAAAAGAAUAUCAAAAGAAAAGCAAGCUGUCAUGCAUUUGACAUAACUCAUAUCAAGCAGUUCAAGUGUCGUCAGUGCAGCAAAGUGUUCACAACCAAAAGUAAAGCGGAAGACCAUGAAAGAACUCAUACAGGAGAAAAACCUUUUGAGUGUGACAUUUGUGGAACAUGUUUCCGUCAGAAAAGCAAUCUUUCCUCGCAUAAGAGAGUGACCCAUUUGCAGGAGAGAAGAUACAAGUGUGAACUGUGUGACAAAGCUUUUAAGUGGAAACGUUUGUUGAAUGGACACACCAUGAGCAUUCACACAGGGGAACGUCCUUAUAAAUGUGAGUUUUGUGAAGCUGGUUUUGUGUAUCAGCAGCAUUAUAAAAAGCAUAUGAGAAUACAUACAGGAGAAAAGCCAUUUAAAUGUGACGUGUGUGGAAAAGCCUUCAAUUCAUCCAAUAACUGUAGGGCUCACAUGUUCACACACUCAGACAAAAAGCCCUAUGAGUGUACUUUAUGUGGUGCUGGAUUUAUGCGGAAGCCCCUUGUGUUAGCACACAUAAAACAGCAUGGCCACAUGGAAAAUCUAGAAGGUUAUGUAAAAGCAAAUGCACCUAUAACAUCAGCAACGGCUGGGGAAGGCAGCAGUGGGGCCAAUAACCUCAGAAGCCCCAUGCCUGGAAUAGUGCGUAAAAGAAAGUUCAACAGAGAACCUACCCACACAACAACCAUGCAUUUACCUCAAGGUCCUCCUCAGCCAGCCCACAAUGGCAUGGAGGAAACUAUACCACAUUUUGUCAUCCCAACAAAUGAUAACCGAGAACAGCCUGGUGCAGGGGAAACAAUGGGGUACAUGUUUAGUACAUUUCAAAGUCAGGGCACUGUAGGGCACUAUGCACCUUUAAAUCUGGGUCAGUGGUAGUAAGAUUUAACAGUAACUUGAUCUUCUCUAUCAAAACUCAUGCAAGAUGAUACUUUUUGAAUAAAGAUAUGAUCAUAGGGGCUGGAAUGUACUAGUUUGGUGGUCUGCAGUGGCAAGAUAUUGAUUUUUAAAUAUUUUUAAAAGACAGAUACAUGUUAAAAUGUGUGUCAGCAGAAUCUGAUCACUUCUCACUUAGAAAGUACCUGAUGCAUGGUACCCCUCCAUAUUUUCCCUUUCAUUUUUAUAUUGGAUUUCCUGGGUUAGUAUAAUGCAGUAUGAGGGAAAAAAUAUUGUUCAGUCUGUGGACAAAGUUGAUCAAUAAUUGAGUAGGUCUGCUAUUAGGCAGAAGUAAUUGGUGGACUCUUCACUGCAAUAAUCUCACUUUGAAGUAAUUGUAAUACUGAAUAUUUACUGUAAAUAUUUAUACCAUGAUUUGAAUAAUGCAAGUGCCAUACUUCCAGAAUAGUGUUAAAACAUCUGUUUACAGUUGCCAAGAAUUCAUAGUUUUAUAUGUUUUCUGUAUAUUCUUGAAUGUACUAUCAGUUUUCUCUUGGUUUACCUCAUUUAUUUCAGAUAAAAUUCAGUCAAAUUUUAUGUGUUUUUUAACUGGUGAUAUUGUAGCUAUGUUAGUGUAAGCGUUUAUUGUAGUAAGGGUACAGAAUAUGACAAUUUUAUUUUAUUUUUUAUGAAUCAUCUUGUAUAUAGUCAUAAACAAUAUUUUCUGACAUUGUCUUAUUAAAUGAUAUUUUUGGUCUGGAAGAGCUGCUGGUGAAGAUAUAGUAAUAAGUAUAUAAUUGGCCUACAUUACUUAAUUCUGUGUCACUUCCCUUUUUAUGUUGUCGACAGAAGAUCUGACGCAGGAUUUGAUGACAGUAUGAUGCAUCACUUUUCCCAGUAAGAUAGGAUAAGGUUUGGCUUUGUUUGGAAAGACUCCGGGUCAUUAGAUUAAUCCAUGCUACGUUUCAGGAAGAUAUGCUUUGGCUUAUCUUUGAGCCAGAUUUUGGCCCUGAAAAAGGUUAGAUGGUUCAGGUACUUUUGGCAUUAGUUGAGUGCAGCUAGGAGUUUUAAAGCAAACAAACUCUAGAGUGAUAAUAAAGAGAGCAGAAAUCUCAAUUCAUCUGUCCUUGCUUCAUAGGGAGCAAGACAUUCAUCAAUCUCUAAUUCUAUCUUUUCUUCUGUCAUUCAUUUCAGUAAUUCAUUCUUGAUUUUUUUCUACAGUCUUUUCCUGAAAAAAAAAGAGAAAUUUUGAAUUCUGUAAUUACAUAUUUAUAAUAAGGGUGCCUAUAGUUGCCAUACAUUUUUAUUACAAACAUGCUUUAACAGCAUUUCAUUUCCAGAUAAAGAAGUUGUAUCUAAAGAGUAUAGGUUCAUGAAGAGAAGUAUAAAAGUUCAAAAAAGUAAUUUUUUAUAAGAACUUCAAGUCUGUGUAAACCAGAUAAAUAUAAAAUAUGAAGACUUCA